AUGAAGUUUAUCAGCGCCAUCUUUUUCGCCACCGUUGCCUCGGCUCUCGUUCUUCGUCGGCCGCAGACUCCCGUUAACUCUAUGAUCAACAUCCAAGAUGCGGUAGUACUCGUCAACUCGCAACUCAGGAUUGCAGAACAGAUUGGGAAGGACAGCUACCCCGCCGUUCUCAACGAAUGCCUUGCGAACGUUGACCAGACCAUCAAGAACACUACCAGUUAUCUUGGUACAAUGACCGGGCUUUCCAAAUCGGAGGAAAACGCCGUUUUCCCGUGGAUCACACGCUUGGGUUUUUUUGGUCGCCAUUUGUGCGAGGCUUUGAAUGAACGAAUACUAGCCAUCUACAAGAGUGACUGUUGCAAUUCCGUACAACUUCAUCUCGGCACUAUUCGAGAUGACUUCAUGGGUCUCGGUCAAGUCCUAUCCGAUAAGGUAUCCAAGGAUCAGAGGCCUCGUGUCGAAGCCUAUACUAGGGAGGUUGCCGAAAUCCUGCAAAUCCAUAUGGCGGGGUUCGCACCAGAUACAUGCAAGGCUUCGGCUAUGCAAGUAGUUACCCCAACGCCCGUUACCCAUGAUUCCGACAUGGCUUCCCAUUCGUUCGGGGCUUGGGUCGAUGGUACACCUGUGCCAUUGGAUUUCUUUCCUUAG